AUGGCGUUGAUAGAAUUCUUACAAGGUGUAUCGGAAGCGAUGGUGCAUCACUGGCUGACAAUAUUGAUUCCUUCCACCUUCUUGCUUGUUCUGUAUUCCUUGGCUUCCUACCGAUCAAUGAAAACUUGGUACGGAGAUAGUAUCCGCGGACCAAAACCUUUGCCGGUUUUAGGUCAUUUACUGGACACGAUAAAGCACAAAGGACAACUACACCUUCAGGUGCACGAAUACUUUCUAAAAUACGGCAAGGUAUUCGCCAUGUCGUCUUUCCUCGGAAAGAUUCCAAACUUGGUGAUUGCAGACCCGGAGAUGCUGAAGGAUAUCUUCGUGAAAGAAUUCGACUCUUUUAGAGAUCGACCUAUAAGCAAAUUAAUAGUUUUUAAUAACUAUAGUUUUUACUACCUUAGAAUUUCGAACGUAACAGCUCCCGUUGUGUUCGGAGUUAGUGACCCAAAGGGGAAUCUAACCAACGGGUUUCAACAGGCUCUUACAAUGGACCUAAUUCUUUCAGCAGUAUUUGGUCUUCAAGCCAACUCUCAAGACAAUCCUGACGACCCGUUCAUCAGCGCGGCUCGUCAGGCUUUGAAACAAAGUUUUUCAAAGAAAAUCCUGCUUGGCUCACUUCUGCCAUUUGGAAUUAAACUCAUGGAAAAAUUCCCAAGCAUUUGGCUUUCAAAUGCUACACCAUUACUCAAGAUGACAGAGAAAAUUAUUUCCGCGAAGAAGGCAGGAAAUGGAGGCUCUUCAAGAAAGGUCUGUUGA